CACUGUGGGUCAAAAGUGACUUCAAACAGGAAAAGGUGGAACUUAUGAGGUCGAUUCGCAGGGAGCCGCACGGAGCCAUGGCAGAGACGAGCCUUGGUGUUUUGGGUGUGGUGAAGACUUUCCUACCAAGCACAGCAGCAGGUUUUGCAUUUGGAGAAGCUGCAUUAUUUGCAGUUGGGCCCUCACUGACUGAAGAUGCCAUCUUGCUAACUGCUGCGACUGUGGCUUCUGGACGAGCUGGUUCCACAGGUGUCGGAGUGGUGGCGGCUUGCCUCGUGUUCACCUCAGUGCUCAUUUCUCUGGGAAGUGGUUUACUCCUAGCUGCCAUGGUGAUGAAGCUCUGGACUAAAGUUGGAGUGAGGUUGCCGUGGUUAGUGGGGGCCAUGACAGGAGCCUCUGUUGUGGUAGGUGCUGUCUCUACUGGAGUGUUAGCGGGCAUCCUUCCACCAUUCAUCUACAUCGCAGCCCAAGGCUUUCUGGUCCUUAUAGUCUACUCAUACUCCAAUAUUAACGACAUGACCAUGGCUCUGCUAAUCAUCUUCACCACGCUCUACCUCAGUGUAGUAUAUGGAAGAAUGGGUGCCAUAGUUGGACUCUUUGUCACCGGAUUGACAAUCUGUGUGCUUUGUGCCCUGCGAAAGGCUCUGACAGAGAGGCUGACACAAAGACCAAAAUCUAAAACCGGGUGCCAGCUUUUGGAGAGGAUAUUCUUCUACUCUGUUUUUGUGGGGAUACUGGGAUUUUCAGUAGGUUUGGGGGCAGGAGAAGCAGGAGAGGGGUCUAAAGCUGAGGUGGUUUUGAUGCUGCAGUCGGUCCUCUGGGUGGCGUUUCUGUCUGCAGGUCUGCUAGGAGCUGGCCUGGGAACAGUGGCCACAGUCGGGCUGGGCCAAGAGGUGGCUGGAAAGGUCGCUGUGGGAGCUGCUAUAAUGUCAUCACUUGCCCUGAGAGCCGUUCUGCAAUGGAGCGUUUCUCUGGGGACCGAAGCAGCAUGGGGGGAGCGUUAGGAGCAGCCACAGCCGCAGGGGUGUCACUCGGCGCUGCAAGUGUUGCAGCAAAACAAGUGUUCGGAUCUAGAAAUUCAGCUUUAAUAGUUUUAGGUCCAGUUGUUGUCGGUGCAAUUCUGGCAAUGCGAGGUGUAGCACUGACAGCAACUCUGCUGACAACAUCAGAACUUAUAACAAUCACCCUUGUUGGAGCAGGGGCAUUUGUUCUGGGUGCACCAAAGAGCCCGUUCCACACUGACGUGAAUCUACGAAGGGGCCCUCUCACCGGUCCAGAGCUAAUUAAAGGAAUCGGCAUGGAGACGGUCACCGCAGCAGCAGCGCCUAUUGGAGCCGGGGCACUAGGGGCCGCAGUGCUGGGUACCGCAGCUCUGGGGAGACUGGGAACUGUGGGAGUUCUGGUGGCUAUAUUGUUGGCUUUGGGAAGUACUCUUAGUGGCAUGAUAGGAAAGUCACCACCGACAACAAGCUCACACAGAGACUGAUUGACCCCUGAGUUUGUAUCUCUGUCUUCUGCUGGUCACCAGUGUGUCAGAACAAAUACCAAACACGGAAGAGAGACGAUUUGUGUGCAUCUGCGUGUGUGUGUGUAUGUGAGUAGAGAGAUGUCUGCGAAGAUUCUCAGUCAUCCAGGUCAUAGUUAUCCAAGGAGGUUUGAAUCGAGGGCAACUGGACUUGGUUGAAGAUACUGUCAACUAUCAGUCCAGUAGAUUGAUGUGUUUGCAUUAUGGCAAAUCAACACUGACAUAGAACUCAUACUGAGCUAAUUAUGUGAUACAAUGUGAUGCCAUUUUUCAAAAUUACAGAU